CACUCCACCGCCAUGAAAGCAUCUCCAAUCCCACAGCUCCUCGUGGUCCUUCUGCUUGCGAGCAUCAACAGCAGAAAGUCAGACCCGGAUGCUUCCAACACAGCCUCCUUCCGCAGCCUAGCCAUCGACGGCCAAUUCACCUCCCAUGAUGUCUCGAAAGCCGCCGUGGACUUUGGAAACCGAUACCACUUCCUGCCUUUGGCCGUUCUACACCCGGGCUCCGACACCGAUAUUGCCGCAACCGUGAGGCAUGUCUUCCAGCUUGGCCCGAGCUCGAGGCUCACCAUUGCCGCUCGUGGCCACGCGCACUCGCUUCAGGGCCAGGCUCAGGCUGCCGGCGGCAUUGUCGUGCGCAUGGAAUCCCUUGGAAAGGCGAAAACCAUGCGGGUGCACGCCGGAGAAGGCCCAUACGUCGAUGCUCCGGGUGGAGAGCUGUGGAUUGAUGUUCUGAAAGAGGCUCUGAGGCAAGGGCUGGCGCCAAAAUCGUGGACUGAUUAUCUCCAUCUCACCAUUGGAGGCACCCUGUCUAAUGCCGGGAUUAGUGGUCAGGCUUUCCGGCAUGGCCCCCAGAUCAGUAAUGUCCACCAGCUCGAGGUAAUCACAGGGAAAGGAGAAGUUUUGAACUGCUCUUCAACCAAGAAUGCUGAGCUCUUCUAUGGCGUUCUUGGAGGUCUCGGCCAAUUCGGCAUCAUCACCCGAGCUAGGAUUGCGUUAGAGCCGGCGCCAAAGAUGGUAAGAUGGAUUAGAGUUCUCUAUUCGGACUUCGCCAGCUUCACGGAAGAUCAGGAGAAGCUCAUCUCAGCCGAAAGGACCUUCGACUACAUCGAAGGCUUUGUGAUCAUAAACCGAACAGGGAUUCUCAACAACUGGAGAUCCUCCUUCAAUCCACAGGACCCAGUGCAGGCCAGCCAUUUCAAAUCCGAAGGUAAAACUCUUUUCUGCCUGGAGAUGACGAAGAACUUCGAUCCUGAAUAUCCUGAGAAAAUGAUGCAGGAAGUUGAAGAGCUCCUAUCCCAGCUUCGAUAUAUUCCAUCAACGCUCUUCCAAUCCGAAGUUUCGUUCUUGGAGUUCCUCGACAGAGUCCAUGUUUCUGAAGUGAUGCUGCGGUCGAAGGGUUUGUGGGAAAUUCCGCACCCAUGGCUUAAUCUUCUGGUACCCAGAACCAAAAUCCAUGCCUUCGCUGAAGAGGUUUUUGGAAAGAUCCUCACAGACAGCAGCAAUGGCCCAAUACUGUUAUACCCAUUGAACAAAUCCAAGUGGGAUAACAGGACAUCAGCAGUUUUUCCCAAUGAAGAAGUGUUCUACUUGGUGGCUUUUCUUUCUUCUUCACCACGUUCUUCAGGUCAAGAUAGCUUAGCUAAAGCAUUGAAACAGCAGGAAAGAAUCUUAGAAUUCUGCAAGAAGGCUAAUAUCCAGAUGAAGCAAUACUUGCCAUACUACACAACACAGGAAGAAUGGAAGAUCCACUUUGGGCCGAGAUGGGAAGAGUUUAAGCAGAAGAAACAGGCUUUUGAUCCCCUGGCCAUCCUUGCACCAGGACACAGGAUUUUCCAAAAGGCAGUAGCUUCUUUAUGACAGUUGACUACCCUAAAAAACACAUAUCUGUACAAAAGAAUAGCCAUAGAAAUAUAUAUAUUUUUUUUCAUAUUUUUGCAACACCUUGACAGCCUGAAAGAAAAGGAAUGAGUAUGGGAGCAAUCCAAAACUGAUCCUGGAUGAUAUAUUUGUCCAGUUGCAGAGAAAAAAAGCAUAAGAAAAUUAUAUGAAAAGCCGAAAUCUUUGGACUGGGAUGUAAGGAAAAGGACUACUUUGGGGGGAAAAAACAAGAGGCAUCAACAUCAGAAUGGACAAUAAACAACUGGGUUUCUAACAAGAUUUAGAGAACACUCGGUACAAAAAUUGUUCUUUGCAUGCAAAAACAAAAAUUCCAAAGAGCGCCAGGUGUUAGUUUCUGUAGAAUAGUUCUAGAACAGUAGAAAGAUCAAGCCUAGAUGAGUUUAAUCAGCCACAUUAGAAAGAUGUAAAGUAGUAUUUUUGCUAAGUUUUUUUGUAUAAGAUUAAUCCAGUGUGUCAUCAUUAUUAACUGUAUGGCAAACAGUAACUGUUAGUAAGAACGGCAUGAGAGCAUGAAAUACCUUAUUGCAGCUAAUCAAAAGCAGCAGGUCUUUCUCCUAAAAUGCUGAGAAAUAAAACAAGGAAGAUUUGCAUACA